AUGUCCGACCCACGCUCAGAUAUUUACUUCAAUCAUGACGCAGCCAAUCGCCAGAGAACAGGCUAUUAUCCAACUGAAAACUUGAAUGUUCCACCAGCCCAAGGUUUCCCUCUGGCAGGGCAAUACUCUACCGACAUGACUGCAGAAAGACACCAAGGCGGUAGCACGUACCACGAGCAGUUCCCCCCCAGUAUGUGGACCGUUGGAGCCGCUGGUCUUUCUGGAGGGAGUGGGAGAUCACAACUGGAUCCCUCUGGUGUGGAGACUUGGGCAACAUCUUACGAUAAUAGCUAUGGAGUACCUCCACCCAUGCCGCGCCGCCCGCCUCAAAGUUCGCCGCACCAGGGCAACCAAAACGAUCUGGCUCCAGUUUUCGCAGGCUAUCCAGACCAAUUCUACCAGUACCGGUCUGAGUGGAAUAUAGCUGCUAUGGCUCACCAGCCCCAGUCUUCGUCAUCUGCAAUAGCGGGAUGGGAUGCAGAAGACGACUCUUUCCAGAACACUUCCGUUGCUGCAGCGCCAACCUUUGAACCGGAAGAUGAUAGCUCGGAGGCACUCGCCGCAUCGUCCUCUACUAACGUGGUUUUGCUGCCGACCGCACGGAAGGAGAAGCGACAGAAAGCCUCUCAAAAGAUGCAUCAGUGCGAGAUGUGUGGAAAGGAGUUCCCUCGACCUAGUGGUUUGCGGACCCACAUGAACUCUCACAAUGACGAAAAACCUUUCAAGUGCAACUAUCCAGGGUGCGACAGAGCAUUCAGUGUCCUUUCCAAUGCAAGAAGGCAUUACCGAACUCAUGGAGUGGAGCCGCCGCCCUCCCCCUCGUCAUUACGCGCCGCUGAAUCGUCCUCUGGUGGACAGUUCGCAGUCAACUUCGAGGCGCCUGUGACUCCACAAUCAGCCACGCCCCCAACGACAAGCCAGGAACAAUUUCGCGUGCGUUGGAUUGAGCCAAAUUCACGAACCCGAGGAGCCGGAUGGGGGAUGCGACAGGCUGAUUACAGUGACUAA